ACACACACACACACACACACACACACACACACACACACACACACACACGUUCAACCAGGCAGCUCCGCCUCCUCUGCAGUGUAGCGACAGCCAGCGAGGGCAGCAAUGGAGCCAGCAGUGCAGCAGGAGAAAAUAGAGGGAUCAUGGGAAGGAGGGCACGACGGGGAGAAGGCAGACUGGAAGAAGAACGAGUGCUCCCUGUCCUCCCUCCUCAAACACUCCUGUCUCCUCUGCUGGUCGUCUCCCAGGGACCCUGACGUCGUGGAGACGGAUGAGAGAGUCCUUGCCAAGGCAGCCGAGAUCAGAGUAAGAAGACCGCAGCAUCUAUCCCUGGUGUGUGUGUGUGGUUGGGUCUCUGUGUGUUAUUUUGCUUUAUAUAGUCUGUGUUGGUUUUCGGGUAUUAUCAUUAUCAGGACGUGUUUCGUGAGUAUUUAUGUGUGCAGUGUCCACAGUUUGGGACUCUUGCAUCACUGCAUUUCCCAUGAUGCUCUCAUGUGAUGUCAUAUUGCCAUAAGACUGGUCACAGACUGGAUGAAGCUGUAGAUAUGCUCAGUGCAAACUUCUUACCAGCAGGUCCCUGAAGGCCUCAGGUCUACUGUCUGUUCUCUGAAAUGAACAUUUUAGUAUUCAUGGUAGAUGCAUAUGAGUCAGACUAAAUGAAAUAUAGGGAUGGAUAUCUGCUCAGAACUACUGUAGACUUAUACCACAUGUACCUUUUCACACACAAGCACGUGCUGGCUGAUAGAGGCCAGUAUCAGGAACUGAAAUACUCACAUAUUGAAAGCAGUACUUCAGAGGCAUUUUGAGUUCAGAAACACUAAAGUCAAAAAAAUCAACUCAGUGUACAACCAGAGGUGCUACAUGUCCAAAAUACCGGUGCUGUUUUCAUUGACAAAAAUAUUUCGUCCACGCACCUUUUUUUCCACCACGAAGACGUGACGUUGACGAGCUAAACAUAAGACAUAGAUGACUAAAAUGUGACGUGACGAAUGUGCGUUUAUAUUGACGAGACGAGACUAGACGAAAACGUUUUUGGUGGAUGACGAACAGAGUUGCAAAAUUCAUGAGCAUUUCGUCAGUCAAACGCUAAAUAUAUAUUCUGCAAUGUGUUGUUUUCGUUGACGAUGUAGAAAAUAUUUCGUCAACAUCAGCCAACGUAGCCAUCAAACUCAAUCCUAUCUGUUGCCGCUUAAAAAAAAUUCAGGAACAAAGCUACCUGAUUGGCCGAUGAAUCGUAACAGCGUGAUGCGUCAUGCAUUGUUUGCGCUACGCUAGUGCGUCGGGUCCAUGUGACGGUGUGGCGGCUAUAACAAAGCAGAUGCCUCUGUGAGCUGGCUGACUGGUGGAUGUAAUUGUAUAAAACAAGGUUCACUUGCAAGGCUAAAAUUAGCCCCAAAAUGUAAAGAAUACCCUGUAUGUUCGCCAUCGUUGUUGUUGUUUUUCUUUUUAAUUCGCAUGUGCGAGCUGCGGUUUGACGUCAUCGAUCCGUAAAAGUUCAACCACACGAAUCCACUUAUACGGAUAUUUUUUUAUUUCUCCACUUGUUUUUUCGGAUUCAGAUUUAUCUGGUUUGAGUGUUCCAAACUCCCGUUUUGGUGUGGUAGGGAGGCCUAAUCAGACAUAAAUAUGUGUGAUUUGAAAUAUAUCCGCAUUCGUGUAGUUGGGGCCUUAGUUCCACCUACAGAUUUGAAGCCAAAAAGCUCUCGGUAAUUCCGUGUUUUUUCUUCAUUUCCUGGAACCAACAUUGUACGCACUCCACCACUUGCGCAGUAGCAUUGUGCGCAUUUGGCGGGAGAGCCGCCAAGAGUCGCUGUGAUGACGCUCGGCUCAAACAGCGUAUCCCUUGGGUGAGCUACGCAAUCUUCACACGCCCAUAGGCUGUAUCAGGUGUCCAUCAAAGAAAACAUAACCCCCUAAUAACUUUUAAAAAUGGAGGUUCACAGAAAAAAGAGGACUUGAGCACAAACCAGUCUUACUGUAACUACAUGUCAACACCGCAAGCAGGGGGGAGAAAAAUGUAUGUUCUGUGUAAUAAAUUUCUAAAGUUUGUCCACAGCUCUAUAAGCUUUGCGGAGGCAGGAUUUAUGACCUAUACUGCUGCCUGUCAACAGAGGGUGCUGUUCUCAGAGUGACUUCACCCAGAGAGGAGGCAGACACUGUCCAUAUGUCCAUUUUCUCUUGAAUCAGAAUUUACCUGUUCUUUUACUGUGACAGUAAAAUUAGACAAUUAGUAUCUGAUUCUACCAUAUAUAAUUAAUAAUCUUCAGAUAAAGAUAUUAAGUAAUACAUCUGCAGUCUUCUUCCAGCACUUAAAAAAAUAUUUCUCUACAGUCAGUAUGUGUAAGUUGCCACCCCCUGCACUUCCCAUAAUUGCUGAUACCAAUAUCAUGCAGAUAAUAUGAUGCAACCCUGACUAUUUUUAACAUCACAGUGCCUUGCAAAUUAGCCCUCUGGCCUCUUGAAUGGGCAGAUGGUCUGCAACAGCUCCCAUCAAGGUGAACAUGCUACAUUACCAGAAACAAUGCACAUUUAAAAAAUAAAAUAAAAUCCAAAACAAAUGCAAUGACAGAAACAUGCUGUAAAACUCCCCCCCCCCCCCCCCUUUCAAAAUAAUAACAGCAAAAAAAGCUGAAAAAACAUAAACGAUGCAAACUCAAAAACAAAUGAAAAGGCAAACGCUGCAAAUUCAAUCACCACCAUAGAAGUGCUUCAGGUCUGUAGGGGCGCUAAAUCGACCAGCUUCAUUAUAAAUGGGACAGAAAAGAAGACCAGACUCUGAGAUGUUGAGAUUGUAUAGUCUGAUUAAAUGCACAGCUCAGUGGACUUUGUAGCAGACAUGUUUGUGAGCUGAAAGCCUGACUGCUGUUUACAGACACACAAGCAUUGAUGAUAGAAGGCACAGAUCAGCUCUGAAUGGAAUCUAAAGAACACGACUUUAACACACAUCAUGUUCACAUGAACGCUCUCCGUCCAUCAGAAACUGUUCCUCAGACAUUGUUGUGUGAGAUUGAUUUAACUGUCUCUGACCAGCCACCAGUGAAGCUGUUUCACUCAGCGCCCCCUGCAGGCCUGGAGCACCUCCAUCCUGAAGUCUUGGUUAUCUUUCACUAUUGUUUUUGUAUAUAUAUAUAUAUAUGUGUUUUUUGUUUUUUUAAAGCUUUUUUAUGGUCAAUUUUUGCCAUACACUGGAAUAGAAAAGGACGUUCCACUUAAGAAUACAAAAAAGUACUAUACAGAGAAGUAUACUACACUAAAAGAAAGAGUGCUUUAUAUAUGUUCAACCCUGAUGCCUAUGUUUUUUGUUUCCAUUGUUUAUUUUCCAGACUUUUUCUGUUACUGCUAUUGUUUUAUCUUUUUGCAGAACUUUUUUAAGGUUAAUUUCACCACUGAGUUGUUUUCAGCCUUAUGCACAUGUUUAUGAAUUAGCAAUUUUAAGCAUCAGCAGCAAGUAAAGCUCAUUAUUCCUCUAUCAGAUAUCUAUUUAUUUCAUAGUUGUUGGUUUUAAGGUUUAUCUGUUAGUGCUGUGUCAUUUAUUUGUUUUUCUAUGUUUUAAAUUAUUGUAUUUCUUUUAUCCUGAGUUUCAACAUCAUAAUCUUUCCCUCAGUGCUUAAGUCAAAGUACCACAAACUGACUGACAGGGUUGAACUUUACAGCUCCCUGUUUAUUAGCAGCUGGAAAAAAAUCAAGGACACCAAAUCAUAGAGUUUGAGUUUCAUCUCAACUAAAGGUUUAAAUUUUGUUUCAUAGUUUAUAACUCCACAGAAGUGUAUGUAUCAUUCUCUGUGCACGUGUGAGUGACAGUGAGUUUGCGUGUGUUUGUGGUGCAUUUUAUUCUGAUUACAGGAGCUGGAAAAUGCCGUGGCUGUGGAACACCUGGAACUUCAGGAGCAGCAGUCGGACCGCAAGGAGCUGGAGGAGACCCUGGUGAAAUUAGAGACACAUAAGGAGAAGCUAAUUCAGCAGAUUAAAACAACCAGACAGCUCUGCUAUGAGGAGAGCCAGCAGGUAAUAAGCUUUAACUCUAAAGGUCCUCACACACACAUUAUUUCGGACGUCGAUAUUUUUUUUUCGAACCCAUAUCCUGUCAAUACAAGCGUUCACAUCAGCAACGUUUUCCCGUUCUGCGAUAUUGCGGCAUUUAUUUUUUCGGAUCAUGGUUGAUUUUUCUAAAGUUUCACAUACUGUGUGUCCACUUCUGACCAAUCAGAUUGUGUGUUGAUGCGACGUCAGAUUCACCGGUAUAUCCAACAUGGCCGACCGGCUGAUUGUUUAUGAUCAUUUACACAAAUAUUACAAAUAUAACGACCUGAAGGACAAGUUGUGGAGAGUCAUUGCGUCGGAUCUCUCAUAUGACAAUGUUUUGUGUGCUUUAACAGUUUGCUAAACGUCUUUGUUUUAACUUUCAUCCGUGCUAACAUAAGCUAACGCUUGUUACCAUAGUUUCAUGUGCUUAUCUGGUACUGGCCCCGACUCAGCAAAUGCUAUCAUGACAGAAAGCCAUCUCAACACUUGUGUCUAGUCCUCUGCCUCUUCAAACUUGGAGCUAAUUGUUUCAGCAGAACUUCAAAUUGUCCAACGGACAUCCGAAAAUAAGUUCUGAAGCGACAGUGGUACAGUUUCAGCUCCUGAACCAAGCAGUGAAACUCAGCAAGUUCUCUUGUUUGUAAUAUUGGAUGCACCCAUGUGCUACGUUUCUUUUUCUUUUGAGAAAGCAAAAGGAGUACCAAUUCGCCAUCACUUGAGUUGAAGUAAACUCCAUUUUUGUCUUCUCGCUUCCACCCGGGACGCUGUAGGUUGUUAAGGGAAGGUCCCACCCUCCUUCGCCUCUGAUUGGCUAUAAUGCUGACCGAAGGACUUGAGCGUGUGAUAACGUUUUUAGUUUUUCUAGCCAAUCAGAGGCAAAGGAGGCGGGACUUUCCCCUGGAAAAGUCUUUUCCGGGAUGUGUCUUUUUCCCCCCGGAAAGUCGCAAAAUCGCAUCUGGCUUGAUGUUUAUAGUCAGGCAUGUCAAAAUUCGCCUCCGAAUAUUUCGUGAUUUUGCGUUCCACAGUACGGGCCUAAAGUUUGGACUCACCUUCUCAUUCAAUGCAUUUUCUUUAUUCUCAUUACUAUUUAAAUUGUAGAUUCUCAGAUGUGCCUUGUCAGGGUUACCUCGUGGCUGACAGUCAGUCACUUAGUACUUCCGUCAUCAAGAGCAAAGGGUGGCUACUUUAAAGAAACUAGAAUAUAAAACAUGUUUUCAGUUAUUUCACACUUUUUUUAUAAGUACAGAAUUCCACGUGUUCAUUCAUAGUUUUGAUGCCUUCAGUGAUAAUCUACAAUGUAAAUAGUCGUAUAAAAAAUAAAGAAAAGACAUUGAAUGAGAAGGCGUGUCCAAACUUUUGGGCUGUCCUAUAUAGUGUUGGUCCCAGUGUGUAAGGACCUUUAAGCUGACAGUAUUUCUGUGACAUACAGACUAUUUACUAAAAUAAUUUUGAUGUAUAAUUAACCAACUUGAUGCUGAUAAUAAGAAGCCUACAACACUUUAUAAUGAAUAUCAUUUGUAUUAAACUGAUGAAUGGUAACAGCAGACUACCUCGGUGGGUUGUCCUUUCAGAUCCUGUCUCUGCAGUCAGAGGAGGUCAAGAAGGAGAGUCAGGUGGAGGAGUAUGAGAGGGAACUUGCCAGAGCCAGGUGGAGGUUGAGGAAGCUGAAGGAUGAAGUGAAGCAGGCCAAGAGGAAGGUGGAGGAGGCUGGAGAGAGGAACACUCCUCUGCAGGACUCCAUCCGGCAGUCCUAUGAAGAGAUCCUGCAGGUAAGUCUAAGCCAUACAGGCCUUAAUGAAAGCACUGCACAUGUUGUAUCUGUACCUUAAUACAGCCCAGUACUGAACUCUGCAGACACUCACCAUGAACCCAAGCCAUGUCAUGGUGUCAACUCUGCAUAAACACUGUAAACAACAGAAACACUCUGUAUGGACAGUUUUCUACUCUGUAAAGUAAUUUUGUCAAAGAAUUUUGCUAAUUAAUCUUUACAUUUAUUGGCAGUAUCACUGUUGGUCACUCACACUUACUUUGUCACCUUAAAGCCUCUUUUUCCCUGUCCAUUAAGUACAAUUUGAAAAGUCACCCGUAGUGCUUUUAUUCCCAAAAGUGGAUACUUAUGAUUAUUUCUCUACUCGCACCUUUUUUUUUUUUACCAACUUCAAUCUCGUUCAGACAAACAAACUAGUCUUGGAACUUAAACCCUUUAGAUGACAGCUUGAGCACAUUAUAUUACUGAUGUUUUUAUGGGGUAAAAUGAACGAUGAAAAACUUCCCGACCAUCAAUUGAAUGUUUGAGGGAUUUUGUUCAAUUUGAAACAAAAAAAGUCUUGAAGAUGUCAGUGAUUAUCAGCAAACACAUUUUUAUUCUUUGUUCACUGUCAGCAAAAACUAAAUCACACUUGGAUCAUGAAUCGAAAACAUGGACAUAUCAGAAAAGUAUCAUAAGGAUCAUAAUAAUACUACUAACAAUGACAAUAUUCAUAAUGAUAAUAAUAAUGAUAACACAAGUCUGACUCAAGUAUGCCGUCUGCUCUGCCUGCAGACCUUUGAUCUGUUGUAACAUGUUUUUAAAGUGAGGAAUAUCUGUUUUCUCUGGUAAUUUACUGAAAGAAAUCAUUCCAAAUUUAUCAUUGUUGCUUUUCAUGGUUUUCUUCCUUUCUUCCUUGUCCUGGUAGGAGGAAAACACCCUAUACUCUCUGUCAGGGGGUGCAGUCACUCCAGAGAGCCAGCUGGAGGAGUCCACAUCCCCUGCAGACACCACUGAGGAUGAUCCACUGCCUAUGAAGCCAUGGGGGAGGAGCCAAUCAUUGCCCGCCUAUGCUGACCUGAUCAUGGUACGGCACAGUCACAGUAGUCUUUUCACUUAGGGGUGUCUUUAAAACAGGAACAGACUUUAACGGUGCUUUCCCACCUUUGACAAAAUCUGUACAAUUCUUAUUUUAGUGGGUCAGUAGAUCCAGGUUAACUUUGAAUUCUACAACUUUAUUAGAAAAGCUGUUUUAGAGGCUGGAGAUGAAAAAUUUGAUCAACAUCAGUACUUACCAGACAAUCAGGACCUUAAAACAACUCACUGUGAAGCACAAGCUUUAAAAUUACGGUAAAACAUAACCAAGGUCUGAAACCUGAAAUCCUCAAAAAUAACGCCUGCAGGAUAUUUUUUCAGCAAAUGUUAUAAAUUGUUCUAAAAAUACCAGUCUUUGUUGAGUCUGAAAUGGGAUGAUUCAUUAAUUGAGCUCUGUGCAGAGCGGGACAUACAAAGGCAAUCAUCAAAAACACCCAAAAUAAACAUGCACCAGCAGAGAGACAUAGACAGAGAUUCGUCUGAUUUGCUGUUUGCACAAUCAGUGAGACCAGAGAUCCCUCUGAUAAAAGAGAGACACUAAACUUAAAGUGAAUGGAUCAGAGUUCAUGUAAAGCUUAAAGUCCCAUGAAUUUCAGGCCCUUAUCUGUGAGUGUCAAGAAGAUGAGUAGACAAACUACAGAUUGUAUAUGAAGAAAAUGAACCAGUCUGUUAUAAUAUUUUCUGAUUAUAUGUUGUCAUUGUACAGAUGUUAUCAUGUAUUAUAAGAAUUACAAUGGUACAUACCUAUAAAUUAUUUGGUUUUAGUAUAGGUACUGUUUCAUGGUUCUAAAACUAUUAAAAGCUUUAUCUGAUUUACUGUCUCAGAACCUAUGAAAAAGCAAAAAAGAACUUAUCAGGUGACUUAAACAGAAAUGAACCAUAUAGUCUUCAUGAUGUUACCAAGUCAAAACACUAGGGAUGGGAAUCGAGAACUGGUUCUUGUUAAGAACCCUUUCUAAAUGAUUCUUGUUGAGAACCGGUUCCAAAUAGUUCAAUCCAUCAACAUCAUUUGCAUUUUAUCUCAGCAAUUCCCUUAACGAUUCCUUUCUUCCGGGUGCCUUAAAAAACGGUCUUGCGGGUGCCAGUCUACGCGAACGGGAACAGAGACAGAGAAAACAUGGCCGACAAUACGAAAAGUAGGCAGAAACAGGCUAAAGCAUGGCUUACUAAGAAAGAUGACAACAGUGCAACGUUUGUAGAGCAGUAAUAACAUGCGAAGGUGGAAACACCAGCAACAUGCGUCAACAUUUGUCAACGGGGCACUGCAUCAAAUGUAAGGAGUCACAUAUAUGCAAUGCUUUCCUCCGGUGUUGUGCUGUAGAAUGCACCCCUGCAUUCAAGGUAGAGAACAUUAUAUUUUCGGGACAGCAAAUAUUCUGAAUCAGAGGGCUAUUGUUUUUGGCUUAUCUGAAUAUCCUGAAUGAAAUCAUUAAAGGCAACCGCUUUUGAAUCCAGCCAAUGGUAAGGAAAACUUGGAUUAUUUCGCCUUGUUAUGUACUUUCAACCGCGCUGCCGUCAGGGGUGCAUUCUACGGCACAACACCUGUUGAACACCCUUCAUCAGCCGCUGCUGCCCUGUCUCAGCACGGCAUUGAAGGUAUGUAUGUUAGUGUGACCAUACGUCCUCUUUUACCCUGACAUGUCCUCUUUUGGGGGGCUGUCCGAGGGAGUUUAUAAAAUCCUUCAAAUGUCCGGAAUGUGUAUCCAUUGAGUAUAAAACAGUGCAGAGCAUCAGUGCUCUCUGCAGCUCUGCCUCUCCGCUCACUUCUAAGCAAAGCAACUGACCCGACAGUCGCGUGCGCUGUCUUUGGGGAUUCAUAAUAGGAAAUAGAAAAUUCAAAAUAGGCCUUUAACUGAGUUAGAAGUGCAUAAAAACUCUCGACCUGACAAAAAAAAAAACAAAAAAAAAAACAAAAAAUUGCACACACAAGUCUGCCUUUUUGGGGAUUCAGGAUAUGGUCACAUAUACACAUAUAAGCACAAUGCAUGCCAGAAAUGCUGUACAAAUACCAUUUUUGAUUGAUUAUUUUAGACGAUCACUGAAGGUACAUCUGUCUAUGUUAUAAGAGACUCAAUAAAAUUAUGAGUUAACCGGUGAAAAGCUGUAGUCUACUUUUUUUAUUAAACCAAAGAAAGGCAUUAAUAAGGGAAUCGUUAAAGAAUUGAAUGAAUAAGCAGAAUCGAUAAUGGCAUUGAUAUCGAUAAAAUCUUAUCAAUUCCUAUCCCUACAAAACACAGAUAUUUACUCAGGUAGUAUACUUAAUCAGUGCUGUCAAAGGAAGUCUUGGUUGUUUAUGCCACCUGGAUGUUACCACACCCCAGUCAACAUGAGCAUGUACCAUAUACUGUAUGUACCCUCCCCCAGAUCGGCUAAUACUGAUGAAGCUUCUUUGUCUGUCUAUGUUGGGUUUUUUUCAGAGGGCCAGUGGCUCGUCUUUCUGUAAUAAUCUUGUGGACACCAGAGAGGAAGCCGAUGACAGUGGGACGAGCUCAACAAAGGUGCGUACCUAACCGCAGGACACCUGUCACUCUGCAGACACUCACCUGAGGACAUACAGCAGCAUAGAGUACCUUAAAUUAGCUUUUAUUUGCCUUUUUGUGAUGGAGUUUGGGGUUUUGAUUGAUAAUAAAUGCAAACAGGUUUAGAAAAGCUCCAGUUUUUUGAUCAGGUAAUAGGCUUACACACACCAUUCAAAUGGUCUCUGUAUAGGUCAUGGGCAUUUUAUUUUGAUUUGAUAACAGAUGGACAGAUCUGACAUCGAGGAUUAUCCAGAGGAUGGAGAGACGUUUGAUGAAGAGGAAAAAGAGAAGGAAGGGGACCAGUCCAAUCCAAACCCAAACCCCAUCAGCCAGCUGGACUUUUACCAGGCAGACCCCUUCGCUCACUGUCAGAGUGACCGUACGUAUCAGACAUGGAGCCUCAUUCAUUGAUUCAUCCAGCUGUAAGUGUAGAGAGAGCAUUGAUAAAAUAGUUAAAUUUAAGGUCCAGGGAUUUGGCUGUACCUGUUCCUAUCAGGUGAUACACCUGAAAUUUUCUACUAAAUCUAAAUUUUUAAUUUUCUUGAGGAAACCUUUCCAAAAAGAUCAGUUAAGUUCUAUCUUAUCUUACCUGAUGUGAACACAGCUGUUGUUAUUUUUCCACCUCACACACUUGUCAGUUUUAAGCCCAGCACCCAUGUUGUGAAGACAGAAAGUGAACUUGUGCCCACAUCUGCAAGGUGGUGGUAUAGGUUUUAAAUUAAGGAAUGGUGCAAAGGUGGGGCAAUGCUCCCCUGCAGAAAGCAGAGAAAGCAAAAACUGGUCUAAAGUCUAAAGCCAGUGUUGCAGUAUUCUGUCUGUUAAUACAUAAACAGACACAAAACAGUUCUCCCAAAGACAAUGGAGCAUCAGCUGUUUAUAAAGAAACAGGGGGCUUGGACAUGCCCGUUUUUUCCUCUCAUUUCCUUAUAUGUUGUUACUGCUCUGAGUUUUGGAUGGACAAGGGAUGCCAGAAUUUGAGGGCACCAUCACUGCUCUCUCUUGAGUCCUGCAAGGCCCCAAAACUACUCCUAGCUUUAUUGUGCAUACAGACACAGAUACAGUCACACACAACAAUCUUUGAACGCUCUGUGCCACUGACCAUGGCACUUUAAGAUAUGGACUGAACAACAUCUGUAAACACGCAGAAUAUGGACAACAACGAAAGUAAUCAAGUAAUUGUCUAACUUUUUUUAAGCACACAAAAAUGUUAGUUAUCAUUAUGUCCUUAUUACAUUUCUGCCAGCGUGUUCAGAGUUUAUGAAGUUAGUCUGCUGUGUCUUGUGCUUUAAUGCGAGUAUUUCUCAAACUGAAAUUGUUUCAGUGGAUAUAAAACAUCAAUCCAUUUAUCAAUAUAACCUAGCAACCGGUGUAUUAUUUUUUAGGGACACUAUAGAAAGAGAAAAAGCAAAUGUGUUAGCUCAAUCUCUGUGUGUUUAAAGUAGACAGGCUGACAUCCAGUGUGUAAAUAAAAGCACACCUGUCUCUUAAAAGAAAUGAGAGCAGAAGCGCUGAAUGGUUUGAUUCUUGUUACUGUAUAUUAAUGUAUAUUAAAGGGGCUUCAUCCAACCUCUGUCAGCCUGCCCCUCACUUGAUGCUCAGACUCUGUGCUGCUUAUCCUGCAAACAGGCCCUAAUUCACUUUGCCCCAUGCACUUAGAGGUGGGGUAGGCAGGAUCUGAGGAAGUGCCAGUUUUUGGGAGAAAUCUUGAAUGUAAACACUACCCUUCCCAACCAGUUUUCCCCUCAGCGCCUCCUCUCCCCUCCCUCUCUGCUCCAGCAAGCCCCGCCCACAAACAGGGGCCCCUGCUCACUUGUACUAUUCCAUAUAAAUUCAGAUAUAAUGCAGAUAAAUACCUAAGAAAAUUACAAAUGGGGCCCAGUCAAUGUGAAAGUAAAAAGUAUUGGUGCGACCGUAGAUGCCAACAGACUACCAGCAAACACAAUGUUUGCAGGACUUCUACAAUUAGGUUAAAGUGACAUAGUCCGGGACCCGUGGUCAACAGUUAGUGGCGCUACAACAUGCAGCAGGUCCUGUUUGACAAGAAUCUCUUCUGUUACAGACACUUACUUACUUUUUGGUUGGUUUCUACUGUCCAACACUGUAGCACGCUAACUUUGUGCACAUUAUUGGAGGUCGUGGAGCAUGCCUCACAACACGAAGAAGCAAUGUCCGCGACACUACCAAUCAGCUUGGGGAGUGACCUGAUUGGUUGGGCUGCUCAAAAAAUUUUAAAUGUUGACUACACAGGCAUAACAAAACACAGCCAUAUCGUUAUAUUCCCAAUUGUCAUCAAUAACUAAUAGCUAUUUGACUGAUAUUAAAAGCUUUUUUGUAUAUACACCACAAAAAAAGAUGCUUCUUUAACGAAAUCCUGUCUACCCCACCUUUAAUGUUUGUAAGCAGUUAAUGAAAGGAAGUAUUGUUUUGAUUGGACAGUACAGUGACAGUACAGGGAGGUGUUUUUUUAAUUCAUAACUCUUGAGAUCAUCAUAUUGCAAUAUCUUUAGAUAAGAAAAUAACUUCUAACUUUUUCCUGAAAGCCUAUCACUGCAUGAAUAUGUGUGAUUGUUCCAUGAAAAGGACACGUUCAGCACGCCUUUUUGUUCCACAGUUACCAUGAAAUAAAAAUGUAUGGGUUUUAAUGGUUUUUAAAUUACACUUUGCAAUAACAGUAGACUUUAAAACUUCAAUCCAAUGUGUUACACAGGACUUUUAAACUCAAAUAAGGUCUAGGUGUCCUUUUACAUAACCUUUCUAAAAACAUUUUCUCAUUGGUUUUGUAGAUGACCUCUUUAAUGAAGAUCUCUUCCCCAAAACGGACUCAUCUGGUGAGUGAUAAUAAAACUUUCUUUAAUUUCAUGUAGGUGACCAUAAUAGAAAAUAAUCAGGGUCACAUCAUUUUUAUUUAAAAACCUCUUUGCAGGUGGAUUCGCUUCAGACCCCUUUAAAGGGAGCGACCCUUUUGCAGCCGAUGUUUUAUUCACUGAGGGGAACGUUGACGGUGAUGAGGGGCCAGGAAACGGUGGUGAUGAGGCAGACACCAGUCUGUCUUGUGCUGAAAACAAAGCCUCGACAGGGACUCAGUGCUUUGAGUCUGAAUUUCCAGAUGAGGACAGCGACAUCGAGAUCAGCUACAGCCGCGAGGACCUGGAUGCUAUUGCUGUGGCUGAGGAUCCUCAUGGAUUCAAACCUAUUCAGAGCUCUUCAGAGGAGCUGGGGCCAGAGCCUAUUCAGGGCUGGAGGUCUCAGGGUCAGUACUCGGUGGAAUCAGACCCCAAUGGGUAUGAGCUGGAUCUGGGUGCUGUCUCUCCUCCCUCUGACAUUGAGGAGCACAGUUUGGGGUCUCUAGCUGGAGAGGUGAAAGAAGCAAUAGUAGAAGGUAAGUGUAUGCUUGAGCCUGUUCUUAUUCCUUAGACCUGGUCCACAUGUAUGUGUAAAGUUUUGAAAACUAGUUUUUGUUCUCCCUACUAUUCACACACGAACAGAGCCUAAAGGUCCUUACACACCGCGGCCAAUGCAAAUAUAGAAGGUGAAAUUACGAAAUAUGACUAUACACAUCCUGACUAUACACAUCAAGCCCAAUGCGAUUUUGCGAGUUUCCAGGGGGGAAAGACCCGUCCCAAGUGGAAGCGAGAACACUGACUCAUCAGCGGACUGACUGUUUUCAGUUCUGAUUAGACACUACCAUUGAUGGCUGUCUGCAGCAUGUUGCAUACUAUUCUGCUGGACUAUAGAUAGCAUUUACUGAGUCGGGGCCAGUACCAGAUAAGCACAUUAAACAAUAAUCCAUAAACGUAAGGUAACAACUGAGACCUAACGGUGCUGUGACAGCAACACGAUUGAGUUUGAGACAGUGAAAAUACGUAUGGUAUGUUAUAUCUGAACAGGUUAGCUUACAAGCUAAAGUUACUUAGCACAGAUGAAAGUUAAAACAAAGACUGUUUAAGCACACAAACCAUCGUCAUAUGAGAAAUCCAACGCUAUGACUCUCCACAAGUUGUCCUUCAGGUUGUUAUCUUUGUAAUAUUUGUGUUUUUUUUUAUCAAAAAGCACACUGUUCUCCGACACGUAAACAAUCAGCUGGUCAGCCAUGUUGGAUAUACUGGUGAAUCUGAUGUCACAACAACACGCAAUCUGAUUGGUCAGAAGGGGACACACAGUAUGUGAAACUUUAGAAAAAUCGACAAUGAUCUGAAAAAAAUAAAUGCCGCAGUAUCGCAGGACGGGAGAAUGUUGCUGAUGUGAACACUUGUAUUGACAGGAUAUGAGUUCAAAGAAAAAUAUUGACGUCCAAAGUAAUUGCACGUUAAAAACGGUCCCGGUGUGAAAGGACCUUAGGCCUCUCAGUGUGGACAUUUUUGUAACCCUCAUUGUGUGUUUGGUGGUUUUAUUUGUCCCUCUUCUGAUUGUUUUCUCAUAGGUCAGCGGACUGGUUCAGUUCAGGAUGUCCCAGAACACAGUGAUCAAGUCCCAUUUGAGGCAGAUUGGGUAACAGACGACAGACAGGAAAUGCUUUCAUGUGAUGUUACCUCCACUCAGGGGGCAGAAUGGGCUGACAACUUCCAAGAGGACACACAAAACCCUACCACUCCUCAAAACUCUCUGGACCUGCAGAACCAGCCUGACUCAGAUCAGCAAAGAGAACUCAGUUUUGAGUAUGAACCAACCAGUCAGUCUUCCUUUGACCCAUACGGGUUCAAACUCAGCCCAGAACAUUCUAGUCAUACCCUUUUGGACCCUGAUGAGGCUGAACUGAGCCCAGAACUUCCUGAAAAUGAUCUGACCUUUGACCCAGAGCCCUCCUCAACACCACCAGACCAACUAAGCUUUGACGCCUAUGGAUUUGAUGUUGCCUCCUCUCAGAUGGCGAGGGACUCUGACCCGUACGGCUUUAAACUCAGCCCUGAGGAAGAGAACCAGGAGAUAGUGGACCUGUGCUCCAGUGACAAUAACAAACAGCAGAAGCCACCGAACUAUAGCAACCAGGAAGAACUGGAACCUCAUACCCAUGAAAACCAAGAAGUGCUUGAACCUUGUAGCUACAAUAACCAGGAGCUGCUAGAUUUGUUAAAUAAUGGAAACCAGGAAAUGCUGGAAACUUCUAGUCCAGACAAUUGGGAGGUGGUGAACAUUGAAAACCAGGAAAUCCUGGAACCCUGUGGUCAUAACAACCAGGAGGUGCCGGAGUCCUAUCAGAGUGUCACCACAGGGGAACUACUUGAACCUUGUACCUAUGAUAACCAAGAAGUGCUGGAAUCACGAAGCCAUGGCAACCAGGAGCUGCUUGAUUUUUCCCAUCCUGAAAACCAGGAAGUGCUUGAUUUAGAUAACCAUGGUAACCAAGAACUACUAGACUUUGGUAGCAAAGAAAACCAGGAAGUACGAGUUUCAGGCAGCCACGGUAACCAGGAUAUCCUGGAUCCCAGUAGCAAUGAAAAUCAGGAACUGGUAGACUUAGGUAGCCAUGACAACCAGGAAGUACUGGACCUGUUUAGUAGGGGAGUUUACCCUGAAGCAAACAAUAACCAAUGUGUAGUGGAACCAGAGCUCAAUGCAAGUCCCCCCAAUAACAGCUCAGACAGUGAUGGGUCAUCACAGGACUUGCUGGGACUUGAACUUAGUAACACCAGUAUCUGCACUACCAAUAAAACAAUCACCAGUACUGUCGACACCUGCUACACAGCUGUCAGAAACAUGGCUACCAGCCAGAACUUCACAACCUCCAACUCACCUGCCACUCAUAACUUGUUGGACGGAGAUCUUGGAUCUGUGUUUGGGGCAGGUGGAUACAUUGGGUGUCCAGAUGUAGCUGAUGACCUGGAACCUAUGGGCAGAAAGCCACCAAAACCAGUGGCAGAGCCAGUGAGACCCGUGAGACCAGUGAGGCCUCCCCGACCAUCACUCCAGGUAAGGUGGAACUCUUCAUCCUGGUUUUAAAAAGUUGGAAAAACAUUGUCCAAUUGUCGUUUGACCUGUUGACAGCUUUCGUCUUUUGUUUUCCGAUGAUAACAUCCGUGUCAGGAAAUGGACGUCAGCAUGGUAAUUCUGGUGUAGACAGUCAUCAUUAAGCAGGACCUACUUUUCCGUGUGUUGAACCCUGCUUUUUUGCCCCUCCUUUUAUGUCUGCAACAUUAACACCAUCAUUUUGUUCAUCCUUUAGGGCACACUCACAUUCCUUUUGAAUGAUUAUUAGCAUUCAUAACAUGUGUUAACGUGUUAAUAAAGUGUUAUAAGCAGGUAACAUACAGGGAUAUAUCGGCGUAAAAUUAAGUUAGGAUCAAACACACCAUAACACCGAGUUAAACCCCUCCCCUCAAGAGAUUAAUGUUGCCGACCGCUUGCUUCUCUAGUUAUACCAACUGUAGUAAUGACCACACGAUAGCAAUACACACGGCCCCAGUGGCCACGCGCUCAACCAAAAAGCCACUCUAUAGCCACAAAUAAUGCUCAGAACAGCACCUAACUUCAUCAACCAUACAUAUAGGGUCCCAGCCAUAGCAUGAGCCACCAAACAUCUUUAUAGUUUUGCCUGAUUUCUUGAGCAAAGAGACUAAACACAACUCACCUACUCUCUUCCAGCAGCCGCUUGUUUGUAUGGAGACCUCAGACGAGUCAAUUACUGCAGCGGGGUGACGCAGCUCAAGGAAGAACAUUUAUGAUCAUUUCUUCAUGGAAAUGCAAUCAGACCGAAAUGCUAGGGCAAAAAAACUACCGUGUCUGCAGUGCAAAAUGAUUAUUAUGAUGAUUAUUACCUCAAGGAAAUGAUAAAGAAAUGAUCAUAAAUGUUCUUCCUUGAGCUGCGUCACCCCACUGUAAUAGACUCGCCAGAGGUCUCCAUACAAACAAGCGGCUGCUGGAAGAGAGAGGGUGAGUUGUGUUUGGUCUCUUUGCUAAAGAAAUUAGGCAAAGCUAAAAAGACGUUUGGUGGCUAGCGCUAUGACUGGGACCCUAUAUGUACGGUUGAUGAAGUUAGGUGCUGUUCUGAGCAUUAUUUGUGGCUAUAGAGUGGCUUUUUAGUUGAGGUUUGCGUGUGGAUACAUAGUCCGCUGUGUAAUGCUAUCCUGCGGUCGUUACUAAAGUAAUACCAACAACUAGAGAAGCAAGCGGUCGGGAACAUUCAUCUGUCAAGGGGGUGUCUAACUCUGUGUUGCACUGUGUUUGACCCUAAAUCAAUUUUACACUUUAAAGUUAUGAUGAGUAAUGCAUUAUAGCAUGAUGCAACUAACAGCACCUUUUAAAUGCUGUGUCUGAUGUAUGACAUUAUAACUCCCAAAACUGUAUCCAGUAAUAAAGAAUCAAAGAGAAUUCAUACAGGAUAUCAUGUUAGAGAUAUUACACUUCAUAAACAUUGCUGUGAGUUGUCAUAAAUGCUAGAAUUCCUGCAGGAUUUUAAUUCUCUUGUACCUCAUAAACCUUUAAUCGCAUUUAUGGUCCACUUGUUUUUACGUGUGUUUCAGGCCAAGGAAAAGGCUCAGUCCCAGACUCAGGGCUUCGACCUGAAGUGAUUUCUCACCAACCAAUAUCCAUGUGGGGUAACCAUGUCAGCAGGGUUCCCAUGACAACCACAUCAACAUCAGAGAUGGAAAAGAUGAGGAGAGGAGUAAGAGAGCAGGUGAUCCAAUCCAGACAGAGGGGGGUAAAAUGAAGGAGGGGGGUGGUUUAUGGACCAGCUGUAAUUUACAGCAGUUACUCUGGUUUCAGACAUUUUAAUGUUGGGACUGAUGUAAGUACUGAUGCCAAGAUGAGGAGUGGACCAGAUUUACCAAGAGACAGACCGACUCCUCCAGAUUUUAUUAUCACUCUGGAGGAAACUGGGCUGCAUCAUUUUUCUGUCUCUUUGGAGAGAUUUAAUGAAGUUAGCGCUGGAAACAUCGGGAUGAAAAUUGACAGUCUUUAAGGUCCUUGUGUUAAAAAAAUAUUCCCUCCAGUUUGGUCCUCAGAUGAUGCUUAUUAUAAAUAUCAGGUCCUAUCACAGUCUUCUGCCCCCCAGCUUUCCUCACCUCACACUUUGGUAGGACUGACUGCUCCACCAUGAAAAUAAGCUCCCUGUUGUGAUUUAGCCCGAGUGUUGGUUCAUGUGUAUGCGGUCUCAUAGAUAAAGUGUAAAUAAGUCAUUUACUCUAUUGUGCUUUUCAGAUUAGUCAGUUCAUAGUUUUUAGUUUAGUCUAAACUGGAUGAGGGUCUUAGAGAGACUUUGGUUGGCAUGAGAAAGUGAGUGUAAAUCUGUCCCACAGUAACAAGAAUGACUUUCAGGUGCUUUUGAAAAUGAACCCUUAAAAGCAGAAUGAAAAGCAGUGUUUACUUGUCGUCUUUUACUGGCACAUUCAUACCUGCAUGGACCACAGCAGUACUGACGGCUGAGAGUUAUACCUGUAACCUUCUCUGAUAGAGACAUCAUGGCAUCCUGGAGUACACCUGCGCACAGGGCUUUUGUGGGCCAGUAUCUAAAUUUAACAACCCCAGCUGUCAGUGCCCUGUCCAGUCCUCUCCAUAGUGCAGUUUUUUUUGUCAUUCAUUCGAAACAGCACCUCAGAUGCACUGCCCACCACACAUUUGCAUCCUUUGAUGAACGUUACAUGCAAAAUCAAUUAAUGCACACUCACAAGCCUCUGCAGUGUUGGAUAGUCAUGAAAUAUCUGAGUAAGGAGAAGAUCCAAAAGAGCACAGUGAGGACAGGCACGGAGCAGAACUGGAUACACUGACUCUAACAGUUCAUUACGACAUAAUAAUCAUGAUUUACUAAAACCAGCCUCAUAAUGCUCGUGCCAUCAGGUGAAUAAGAGGAGAAUUGGCAUCAUUUCUACUCAAAGCACUGCCUGCACAGCACUGCCGCAAGAGAAGUUUAACCACGGUGUCUUGAAAAAAAACACGUCCCUCCUUACAUGAUCCUUUACUGUGUUAUACGGUCUCUGAAGUAGGUGAACAGAUGGACCACUACUCACAUCCAAACAGAAAACUGUCAUUGUGAGAGAUAAGCGGGCCGUUAGUGUGUGGAGCCAUCUUGUAUAAUAAUUAUAACAGAAGCUGCUGCUGUCAGCAGACUGAGACAGCAGUAUGGACAGCUGGAUUACUUUCAUAAGUAACAUAACCUCACACUAAAAAUCAAGCCCUGUCAGGCUCAAACACCCUGACAGUCUCUCAGCCUUUAUCUCACAAAGCUCCACCAUCAAUUAUGCUAACUGGUCAGUGGGCUGAGUUUUUCCACAAAGUGCAACUGGUUUGGCAUUCAUCAUCAGUUGCCAUGAUGACAGUCCAGUAAGAAGUGAGUUGACAGAGGGCUCUAUUUCCGUGCCCGCCAGCAGUGGACCCUGCACAGCCAGUUUGGUAUUUUCAUAGACUGAGGUGCACUGAGGUCCGUCAAGCUGGAUGUGGUGGCGUGGCAGGGGGAGGUGUAGACAGAAUCAGCUGGCACAGUGACAUUUUCAUGCCCGUCGGCGGCGUAGAAAGUGCGCCGAAAGCUCGCCGAUUCCAACUGCUUUUGCGGUGGCUGAACAGAAGAUUUAUUUUAGUGAUCAGAUGAGUUAUUUACUUUAAGCCUACAUACAAAUAUAAUAUUCAGUUGCAUGAGCCAAAUUUAUUUUAUAUGCCAACAUCAAUGAAAGAAAGAGCCAGGCCACAGAGCACGAUGCGUUCUGUACGCACAAGUGGCUCCGAUUUUAAUGCCAUUAUUGGAAUUUAUGUUGUGAUUUAUGCACACAACCCACCCUUGUCACGUGAGGUUUAAAUAUAUGCAACUUUAUGUGAGUGUCUUUAUUUGUGGAAAAGGGUGUUUGUCUUACCAGUGGGUCCGACAUUACACACACCAAAUCCAUCUACGCUUAUAUGAGACAGUGUGGAGGACGCCCUCUGCAGCGCUUACAGCAACACAUGUUGAGGAGCUGCCUUCUGUCGCCAUUGUGUUGCAUUGCUGUCUUCAGACAUCUCUUGACCUCUCUGACUACUGCACGAAAAUUGUAAUACGCCUUGCCGGUGGUGGAUUUAAAGGUGAGGAGUGGAGCUUAUGUGAUUGGUGAAAACAGGUCUCGACUGUGUUAAACCCACUCCACGCCUUAUCCUUGCCCUCUCUACGACUUACGCCGCUGGGAGGAGCUGAGUUAGGUAGGGGGGAUACUUACGCCGGGUUGCGCCACUCACCAAAAUACCAAAAUGUGCUUGGGCACGCCUUGUCGGUGCGACAGACCUGACUUACGUCAUGCCUAUGCCACGCUGCCGGCGAGGCACGAAAAUAGAGCCCAGAGAGUCUGUCAUGGUCACAAGCAUAAGGAGUGUUAGUGAGCCAGCAUUAAUCAGGACCAACAGUAACAGCAGUCUGUAUCAUAUUCAAAUAUAAUCCUAAUUUGGCCGUUAUAAAGAUACAGGCUUGAAAUAGCUGAAUAUGUUGGAUCUGCAGCCAGUGAUAAAGUAGAAGUCGUGCGAGAGCUUGGAAAAUACUGCCCUACAAGUCAAAGUCAGGCAUUGAAGUUUAGUCAGUAUUUUCAUCAAAGUUCUUCAAGACUGAUGCAUGGUGCCUCUCAAUUCUGUUACUGUUUUUAUCAUUUAUAUUAUCCAGUUACAGAGACAGGCAUGCUUUAGUAACUGACUGACUGUUUGUGAUGCAAAUGUCAAUAUAUGAUAAAUAGUGUUAAUAAUCAUGACCUUAAUAUCAACGUAGAAUAAUUUUGGCUAUAGUUUUUGCCAUAAUCAAGCAGCCCUUCUCUUUAGUAUUGAAAACCAAGAGUUAACCCUGAAGUAACCUUGAUAACCACUAAUCCUGAUUUGUACUAAGGUCCCUAUGUAAUUUUAUUUUGUACUUAUUAUGACUUUUAAGAGAUGAAGGACCCAGAAGGAGCUGAGGGCGGAGUUGCAUUUCUCCUGAUGCUGGCAGUGGUUGGUCAAGUUCUAUAAUUUCAGCUCGCCAAAAAAGGACCUAAAACAUUCUCAGACUCAUAUGGUGGUGACUGUUAUGACAUGAAAAGACGAACCCUUCUCUCCCGCUCUGCUUUUCAUCCUGCUUUGACCUACAUUUUACUUUAAACAGGACCAUAACUUACAAAAUCAAAACUGAAAAUGACUGAAAGGGAUGUUUGAGGCUGUAGGCUUUUGCAGAAAAUGUUUACUUAAAAUUUAACCAACCAAGAAAUCAGCUCCUGGUGGAGUUAGAUCCAACACAUUUCCACUUUCCAUUCAUUUUCAGAAACCUCUUAUAUUAUCCAGAGCUUUAAUUCUUAUUACAGCCACAACAGCACAGAAUAAAUGCAUUUAUAGCCAAAAUAAGAUCAGCGAUGGUAAUGACAUUUUCAUAUGUGCAGUGUAGGUGUUAAAGCUCUCCUGCAAGAAAACGUGUACGUUUUUUCUUUUUUUUUUUUUAUUUCUUUUUAUGUGGUAGAUGUGAUCUGCUCCAUUUUGUGUCUAAGAUCAGCUUCUGAACAAAAUCAAUAAAACAAAUCAGUAAUAGUGGUAAUAAUAAAAUUAAAGAAAUAACAAAAAAAAUAAUAAUAAAAGAAAAGUAACUGAGAUAACAGUUGAUUUGAAGCAAAUCUUGGCUGGUGACAAAUACUGGUAAAAAUAUCUAUUUUAUGUAACUUCGGAAAAGAACUUGGAGGAAUUACUCUGGCAAAAUCUUUUCUUUAAUUUGUCAGUGAAUCAGAAAUUCAGGAGAGUAAACAGUUGCAACCAGACAUGAAAAUUUGGAUAAUUUUGUUCGUUUUUUUUCCCCCCUCGUCUUUCUCCCUGGGCUUUUAUCAAACUGUGGAGGUAAACUAAACCAGUUUCAUCUAGGGCUGGAUGCCAAACCUUGAACUAAAAGUCACUAUGAAGUUGUAGAAAACAGAAAGAUCAAGAUUCAGUCUUCAGCUCUCUGUAAACUCAUGAAUGCAGUUGAUCACUUACCUCUGUGAUAUUUUGCUGUUCUGUAAUCAAGUAUAACCACCUUACCGUAACACUCACUGCUUGCUAUGAAAAAAACAAAACAAACAGAAAAUACAUUUAACUCACUGCUCUGUUAACAGACACCCCAUAUACACUGUAACCAGUUUAUUUACUAUACAGUCAGAUAGACAGAGUUUACCUUUAUUGUGAAUGUAUGAUAGAGUAUUUUUGUGUCAGGUGUACAAGAUAAAUAUGACAAAAGUCUAACCUCACACUGGAGCAGACUUUGCAGAUGCUGGAGAAACACAACAUUUAUCUCAAGUUCACUCCUACCUCCACACUGUAUGUCAUAGCUGCAUGACAACACUGUGAACCCUGCAAAUGUUAGUGAUUCAAACCCUCUGUGAACAGUCCUCAUUUAUGUUAUGCUAUGAUGUACAACCCCAAUUCCAUGAGAGCUGAGAUGCUGUGCAGAUGUUGAUAAAAACUGAAUUUGAUGUAGUACGAAAUAUUUAGUGAUGGGAAUCGAGAACCGGUUCUUGUUGAGUUCCAAAUGGUUCAAUCCAUCGACAUCGUUUACAUUUCAUUUUAAUGAUUCCCUAACGAUUCCUUUCUUCUGGGUGCUUUGGAAAACGGACUUGUGAGAGGCAGUCUAUGCAAAGGAGAACAGAGACUUUGAGGAGAAAAUCAUGGCAGAUGGUACGAAAAGUAGGCAGAAACGAUCUAAAGCUUCAUUUUACUAAGGAGGAUGACAACAUGUCUUGUAUAAGGCUCAUUAACAUUUAUUACCAUAAAUGUUAAUGAGCCAAAGUCAGUUGGUUUUCCUGUAAGGUUUUUUAGGCAUACUAAAAUGGUUUGAAACAAACCAUCAAAUAACUUUUAAGCUAAAAUUAUGUUGCAAACAUGAUCAGAGGACAUCAAGGAUUAUUAAAAAAAGAUAAAAAUGGGUAUGAAAUUUUGAUGGCAGGUCCCCUUUAACAUUGAAAACCUAUAGUCUACUUUUUUUUUAAAUCAAAGAACGGCAUUGAUAAGGGAAUCAUUAAAGAAUUGAAUUAAUAAUCAGAAUCUUUAAUGGCAAUAAAAUCAAUAAAAUCGUAUCAAUUCCCAUCCCUAGAAAUAGUGCAAAGACAACAUAUCAAAAGAUGAAACUGAAAACUGUUUUUAGUUUUUUUUUGUUAUAUAUUUAAAUAUUUUUUUUAUUAUUAUUGAUUCUCAUUUUUAAAUGUAAUGCCAGCAACAUGUUUUUAAAAAAUGUAAGAGGAACAACCAAACAGGUAAAAAGUUAAUGUAAUUCUGUGUAGCGGUGUAAUUGUAAAAAAUACAGCUGGAAGAACAUCUCCAACUUUUGACAUGAGCAGGUUACUAACAUGACUGGGUCUAAAAAGGACAUUCAGAGAGGCUGAGUCUCUUGGAAGGAAAGAUGGGCAAAGGUUCAUCACUCUGUGAGAGACUGUGUGAGCUAAUAGUUCAACAGUUUCAGAAUAAUGUUCCUGAGUGUCAAAUGUGAAAGAGGGAGUGGAUUUCAUCAUCUACAGAACAUCAUAUCAUUAAAAGAUUCAGAGAAUCUGGAGAAAUCUCUGUACUAAAGGGACCAAAACCAAGACUGGAUGGUCCUGAUCUUUAGACCAGCAGCACUGCAUUAAAAACAGACAAGACUCUGGAGUGGAAAUCACAGCUCAAAUACCUUUAAAAAAAACUUGCCAGAUCAUUCACUCCAAAGCUGCAUUACAACAGCAUGGCCUUUUAGUAGAAGAGUCUUGCUGCAGUCCUGACUUAUUGCCUGUUUAAUCCAUUUGGUGCCACAUGACACAGACCCCAAAUUAAGAAAUCCUGCAUCAGGAUCAACAUUUCACCCUCCAAACUCCAGAAACUGAUCUCCUGGUGAACAAUGACAGAUAUUACCCUGUAGCAUUUUUUCGAAACGUGUUGCUGGAAAGACAAGUGUGUCUUGGAUACAAGGCUCCCAGACUACAUUGUAGUAGAGUUGGUAAUGGGAUAGCAACAUUGUGGAACAGCAAAAUCCAGGAGGCCAGGGAAGUGCCCUCACAACAGUGAUCAUCAAAUGUCUUUAUAACACAAUCAUUUUACCUUUAAGGUUUUUCUCCAAAGAUGAUGCACAUUGGUUACAUAACUUUCAUAGUAAAUUUCCAGGAUGGGAUUCAGAGUCAGAAAAGGUCAAAGCCAAAGGUAGAUCACAACGAAUAAAAUUACAGUUGGAUUACAGUUUUUUUUUUAACUUUGUUAGAAGCACACAGAAGAAAGCUGUCACUGUCAGAGCUCAGUAUACUGCCAGACUAACGCUAAUUUGGAGUCAAGACACAAUUAAAAGGAAGACUUUUCUCUCUGUAGAAAUGGAUCCCCUUUAGUAACAUUUUCAACUACCACCUGUGAACCACCUCAGAAACGUUAAGAUUGGUUCUAAGCAGAGGUGGUUUGUAAGAAGUUGACCCAGCUAAUGCCAUCCACAAUUAAUGCACAACCUUUUUGGCAUUUUUCUGACCCCAUCUUUUUUUUGUUGGAGACAUAAGCGAACGAGUGAAGUGAAUUCAAAAGUGAAUCUGGAGAAGGACUAAGGACUAGGACUGUGGAUUCAUUAGAAUAAUGUGCACUGAGAUGGGAAAUACAAAAUUUAGAUCCUUUUCAAACAGGCUACAGUGAGACUAUAGUAAAACCAGUGAAGUCGCCCUCUCCUGAUUAAGCAGAUUGAAAAAACAUCUUCAUCAGUUUUGUAUUUACAAAAGAGAUGCUUUGUUUACUGUUUAUAUAUAAAUGGGGGUUUGGAAAAACCCCUGAACAUAUUUUUGAACUUUCCUUUUAACCAGAUUCAUUCUCUUUUUUUAUGAUACAAAUCUCUAAUGAUCACAAAGUAUUGUUAAUCAGCAAAAUGGGACUGAGCAAGUGAUUGAGGUCUGAAAAUGUCUUAACCUCUGACUUAAACCUCAGAAUUCUGUGAAAAAGCUCAGAAUUCUGACUAUAAACAUCAGACGUUUUUCUCAGAACAUUUACAAAAAGUCAGGAUUUGAAGUUAAAUUUCAGAAUCCUAUCCUCAAUCUGGAAAUACUGAGAAUGAAAUAUAUAAAAUCCUAUGUUCAAUCCUGAGGAUUCUGAUGUCAAAGUCAACAACCUUUGAUCUUAAAAUUCUGACUUUAUCUUGGAAUUCUGACUCUAAUCUCUAAAAAAAAAAAAACAGACUUAAGGUCCUUUCACACUGGGUCCGUUUUUGUCGUGCGAUUAUUUCGGACGUCAAUAUUUUUUUUCGAACCCGUAUCCUGUCAAUACAAGCUUUCACAUCAGCGAUGUUUACCGUCUUGCGAUAUUGCGGCAUUUAUUUUUUCAGAUCAUGGUCGAUUUUUCAAAGGUUUCACAGACUGUCCACUUCUGACUGAUCAGAUUUGGUGUUGUUGCGACAUCUGAUUCCCCAGUAUAUCGGACAUAUCCGAGAGUGCUUUCCGAUAAAAGACACAAACAUUACAAAGAUAACGACCUGAAGAACAACUUGUGGAGAGUCAUAGCAUCGUCUCAUAUGACUAUGGUUUGUGUGCUUUAACAGUUUGCUAAACGUCUUUGUUUUAACUUUUAUCUGUGCUAACGUAAGCUAACAGUUGUUACCAUAGUUUCAUUUGCUUAUCUGGUACUGGCCCCGACUCAGUACAUUCAAACUUGGAGCUAAUUGUUUUUUUAAGCAGAACUGUCCAGCGGACAUCCGAAAAUAGGUUCUGAAGCCACCGUGGUACAGUUUCAGCUCCUGAACCAUGCAGUGAAACUCACCAAGUUCUCUUCUUUUUUGUAAUAUUAGAUGCACCCAUGUGCUACGUUUCUUUUUCUUUUGAGAAAGCAAAAGGAGUACCAAUUCACCAUCACUUGAAGUUGAAGUAGACUCCAUUUUUACCUUCUCGCUUCCACCCAGGACGCUAUAGGAUGGUAAGGGAAGGUCCUGCCCUCCUUCGCCUCUGAUUGGCUAAAAGUGCUGACCGUUUGGCUUGAGCGUGUGAUGACAUCACCAGCUUUUCUAGCCAAUCAGAGGCGAAGGAGGCGGGACUUUCCCCGGGAACAGUCUUCCCUCGGAUGCGUCUUUUUCCCCCCAUAGAGUUGCAGAAUUGCAUCAGGCUUGAUGUGUAUAGUCAGGCGCGUCAAAAUUCACCUGCGAAUAUUUCGUAAUUUCACGUUCUAUAUUCGCAUCAGCCCCGGUGUGUAAGGACCUUUAAUCCUGAAAUUCUGAGUGUAAAAUUAAGAAUUUUGAGUUAUUUUCGAUCUCUAAUUCUCCUCUGCGGUUCGUCUCAUGUUUAUUGUAGGUGCAUUGGCUGAAUCAGCAUCUUCUAUUCUGAAAAAAUUAUAACCAAAGCCAAAUGAAAAUGUGUUUGCUCAGAGUUAGUUGAAAAAAGCAGGUUGUAUGAGCUGUUUUUUUUUUUUUUUUAUUCUAUUUUUAUUUUUUUGGUGGGAAGGAUUUUAUAAAUUCAUCCUUUUAACUCUUCCCAUGGACUGGUAAACACUGUUCCCAUCUAAAGAGGAAUAUUAAAGAUAUAUCAUUAAACAUAAAUACAUGUAGCACGAUCAUCUCAUUCAGUGAACUGUAAAUAUGGCGAGGUUGGAAAAUAUUUCUUUCUUUUUUUUUGUUCCUUGAAGGAUAAUUUAAGUAUUUAUUGUUGUUGAUAUAUUUAUUUAUGGAUUUAUUUAUUUUUUUACAGGUUAUCUAUCUAUACAGUAUGUUGUUACAUAAUUAGAAGUAGUUAGAGACAAAUAGAGAAGAUGUAGUUGAUGCCAUUACUUUUAAUUCUUUACAGUGUGUAUGUUUCCUGUGAUCCAGAUAUAUGCACUUUAGAGCCAUGGUUGAGAGAAAUGAAAUUCAGUUUGCCAUCAUUUUAAUAAUAUGCCAGAUUUAUGAUCCAAGUUUAAAGUCAAACACUGUUUGUCAGUGUCUGACUUAUAGCUUUAAGUGUCAGGAUAAAGAUGAUGAGUACCUAUGAUGUACUUAUUAAUGCAACUUCUGUGUUCUGCCACAGUGACGCCGUGGUUUUCUCUGAUGAUAAAAAAACAGCUGUGUGAUGUUGUAAGUGUUACUGUCUAACUGUGAGGUUCUGUGUUGGAAAAAUUAAGAAAUAAAAGUCCUAUAUAAAUCAUGUCAAAAUCAUG